AUGGACCACUAUGAACUUGUAGCAAAAAGUAGAGCAGGGGCCUGUCUCUCAGUCACUCCAGCCAUAGGUCGCGUUUCUUCUUCAGUGACAUUUAGACUUGCAGAGCUCAAGUGCAGAGAGAAUGAAAUGGUGGUGGUUUUGAGAGUGUGCGUUGUCACUUGGGCUGUUGCUGUUCUUAUUUCUGUCCCUGGGGUAGUAUUUCACAAAACUCAGAAGGAAAGUUCAGGCUAUACUUGCAAUGCUCAUUAUCCAUCAGAGCAGAGAAAUGCAUGGAAGCAAUUCCUCACCUUAAAGAUGAACAUCCUGGGACUUCUUAUUCCAAUGCUCAUUAUGAUCUGCAGUUACACACAAAUUAUAAAGACGUUACUGCAAUGUAGGAAUGAGAAGAAACAUAAAGCAGUCAGGCUUAUUUUUCUUAUCAUGAUUAUCUACUUUUUUUUCUGGGCACCAUACAAUAUUUGCAUUCUCUUGCGUGAUUUUCAAGGUGCAUUUUCCAUCUCUACUUGUGAAGGGAAUGGUCAACUGCACAAAGCAAUUCAAGUGACGGAAACAAUCUCAAUGAUCCAUUGUUGUAUCAACCCUGUCAUUUAUGCCUUUGCUGGAGAAAAAUUUAGGAAAUACCUUCAAAGAUUUUUCCGAAAACAGAUUGCAGUCCACUUGUCGAAAUUCUGUCCUGUUUUCCAUGCUGAUACAGCUGAACGAGCGAGCUCCACCUACACGCAAUCUACUGGAGAACAAGAAGUUUCUGCUGCGUUGUAAGUUGUGUCUAGUGAAAAAAUGGAAUUGUGAGGUCAACUCUUUGAUGAAAGCCUGCUGAAUCUCUCCUGGAUAUUGUCUCUAAGGCAGCUGAAAAAGAAUAAUAAAAAAUAACAGAAUACAUAUUUACCAAAGUUUGCAUUUGCUCACAGACUUGGGUAUUUGUGAAAAGGAUGACUGAGGGCCUGAGCUAGCAGGAUAACAGGUUUUUUUAAGUGAACUAGAGGUUACAAGUUACACUGGUUCUUUGGAAACAUCUCUUGACUAUCUAAUACACAAGAUACCUCACUCAUUUAAACUCAGUCUCAGUCAUAUUUUUUACUGGUCUGUUUGUGUAUCUCUGUAAAUAAUGCUAAAUUACCAAGGUCUGUCAUAGAGCAUGGAAUGAAAACUUUUAUACACUUAGAAUGGACUCUGAUAUUUCAUGGUAUAUUUUCCUCUGUGUAUGGUUGAGUCCCAACCACUUAGAUCUUUCUCAUAAUAGUUCUAACUACUAGCGUCUAAUACCUGAGUGACUCUUGAGUUUGAUACUUCUGAAGGCCCUCUUUUACUCAUCUGCUGUUUUAUAUGCUACUCAUGUUAAAAAGACAAUGUAAUUGAGCUAUCAUUAAAAAACUAAUGUCCUAUAGCUGUUCAGAAAAUCCAUGUGGUAACUAUUUUAAAACUAAAGUAUUUCACAUGGAGCUUUAACCAGGUUGGAUCAAACGUGAUGAGUGCAUCAACAGUGUUUUAGCUUUUUGGUGCAGUGAUUUUGCUUGCCAUUUUUGUAGCUUAUAUAAGAGAAAAGCUUAAAAAAAAUAAUGAAUGCAGGCAUAAUGGCUGCCAAACCUCAACAGUGUUAGAGGUGUGAAAAUGAUUUCUGAACUGGAUUGACACAGAUGUUUUUAGAAAUAAGUGUAUGUCAUAAACAUUUAAAUUAACAAAACAUCUGAAUAAGUAAAAAUACUAGAGUCAAGGUCAUAGAGCAUCGCUCUUUUGUUUUAGAAGCUGGUAUCAUAUGGGGGACUUUGACAAUGGGGUUUUUUGCCAUUCAGAAGUUUUACAGAGAGCCAAAGCUUCCAUAAUUAGUAAGACUGGUGGUUAAAUGUGACUCUCCAUAAAAAUCAAAACCUGGAAAGCAUGUGAACACACAGAAAACGUGAAAUAGAUAUUGGGCUACUCAGGUGCUUAAGAACAUACCAUAAUAACUCAAUUAAUUCGGGCCAAGUUCUCCUUCCAACAGUUUUUAUAUUUCCCCUAAGACAUAUGGUAUUGGACAACUUUGGAGACUGGAAAUAAAAAGUGAAUAUUCUGUUUGCUGUUCCUAUCCAGAAGGGCAAUUUCUGUUUCCCAACUUCUCUAGACAGCCUUUUAAAUAAUAUUUUCAAAGAAGAAAAUGUUUCAAAAAGUCUCCAAGAAAUUUUACAGUGGGAAGUGCUUGUGAAAGCAGGAAGUGAAACAGGGAAAUCUUUACUUAUCAAACCACUUGUUUUGAGUUGUUUGUUUUGUCAUAUUAAGCACCAUUUUGGAACUACAUCCAUAUGGGAAGUGUAACAGAAGUAUACCACACCUUCUCAUUUAUAAGAUUUUCAGCUGCACACUCUUCUUAAAGGCCCUGUGCAUCAAUUACUUUCUGGACUUUGUAUAUGCUUUUAAAACGGGUAAAUAUAUCAGCAUAAUAACAAAUACACACCUUCUAGUCAGGCUUUUUUUUUUUUUUUUUUUUUUUUUCUUAUCGAAUAUACCUAUAAAAACAAUUUUAUAUUUUAUUCUGCUCUUGACAAGAACUUUUGCUUGGUCUUGAAAACACCUUGCCUUUAGGAAACUACUUUCUCUGGAGGGCUUUGAUGCCAGACACAGUAAUGCAUCUUUCUCAGCCCUUCAGGAGCAAAGCACAACAACAAAACGUGCAUGGGCACACUGACAAACUUUCUGAGAGGCAUGUCAAAACUGCUCUGAUCCUUCUACAGCGUGGACCUCUAAUCAUGGAUCUUUCUAAGUAACAAGCAGCUUCUGGAGGAAAGAGGUGGAAGUGAGAUUGGUGGCCCAGUGCAUCGGCAGCUUAUCAAGAGUUUCCAUCACUUUGCUGGAAAGGGAUCACACUUCAGCACAUGAAAACAAGUAAUAUUUCAGCUACUGCAAUCAACUGUGAUCCACAUUCAAGGAGACAAUUGAAAACACAGUAUUUGGUUGCAUUGCUGGUACAUUCAAUUUAGGACUCUGCCAAUAACUGUAAUAAUAUUUUGUAUUAUAACAUCCAUUAAAGCUGGUUAACAUUUUUGUUA